AUGCCGGGUGGCGCGACCUGCCGCUAUUCGUCCAUCCGACCCAUUGCCGGAAUGCCAUCCAAAGUAUUCAAGCAUUCCUUCGACCUCACGAAAGCCCGACUACGAUCCCAAGUACUGGAUGCAACCGCUCGGUUUGACGGACCAAUGAAAUGCUUGGUGCAGACAUGGCAGAAGGUGGGCUUGCGAGGUCUGUACAGGGGCCUACGAGCGCCCAUAGUCGGAGCGAUGCGGCCAAGAACACAUUUCUGGACAUACACAGAGUUGACACAGAGUUCCAAAACACCAUUCGGUGAUCCGGCGACACACCAACUAUCGCUCGGCCAACUCGCUCUCGCAGGUUCCGGCGCAGGUUGUGUAACGAGUUUCGUCCUUACCCCCAUAGAGCUCGUGAAGUGCAAGAUGCAAGUGCAGAUGCUCAUGGCACCCGGUGUCUCCCCAGUCCAAGCAGCGGCAGCCCUAUCCUCGGUUGCACCGGCCGCAGCCCUACCCACAGGUCUCUCUGGCUCUCCUUUCCGCAAACUUCCCGGUCCCAUCUCCGUCCUCACAUCCGUCAUUCGUACCACCGGCUUCCGCGGGCUCUGGCUCGGCCAGACCGCGAUGCUCAUCCGGGAGACCGGCGGCGGCGCCGCAUGGUUCGCGCCUAAGGAGGCUGUCGCGACUCUCCUACUGAAGCGCCGCCACGUUCCGUCCAAAGACAAGAAGGAGCUCCGGCCCUGGGAGUCAGCGGUUUCUGGCGCCGCGGCGGGCAUUGCCUACAACGUCGCGCUCUUCCCGGCGGACACCGUGAAGAGCACGAUACAGACGGAGGCAGAGCUGCGUCCGAGAGCGCCUGGAGAGCCCGGCCCUACGUUCCUUGGCACGUUCAGGGCGAUGGAUGCAGCGCAAGAGAUCAAAGGCUUGUACGCAGGGUGUGGUAUUACUGUGGCGAGGGCGAUACCUAGUAGUGACCUCAUCUUUUUAUGACGGCUUGAGCAAGAGGUACGGCUCGUAGUGACCGUUAUAGAAUGACCCGCUUCUCGAUCAACCUUCAAACUGGACGGGUAACGAAUGAGAUACGCUGUUUCUGAUGCACGACUUCCCCAGAUCGUUCAUUCAUCAUUGUUCGUUGUACGACAAACAUGUAACCCGUCUGGCGACCUAUCUGUACGAACUAGGUGACGACAUAACAUUUCAAUAUUCAAUCUUGAGUGGAGUCAAACAUGGUAUCAUACAGAGAGGAGAGUGAAGGGGAGCAAGUUCGCG